AUGGAGAGCAAGAUCCUCACCAGGACAAACGCAAUUCACCCUCACCCCAUCCUUGGCAUGAUGCGCCGCCAUGGCCCUCGUCAUAUUCACGACGGCGCCCUUGCUCGUCGGAUACAACAAACUAGGCGUGCCGCCGCGCAGGCCCGCCACCGACCCGAGAUUGACAAUGCUCCCGCGGACGCCAGCCUCGGGCUCGUUCUCCCGCAUCGCAGGAACGGCAUACUUGGCCAUGAGCAUCAUGCUCGUGACGUUGACCUCGAGGCCCCGCGCCCACUGCGGGACAUCCACGUCGACCGCCGUGCCCGGGGGCCCCAGGACCCCGACGUUAUUCACCAGGAUGUCCACCCUCCUAAAGACACGCAGCGCCGCGUCCACGACCCGGGCGCACUCCUCGGCGGAGGAGACGUUCGCCUCGACCGCCAGGGCGGAAGCCCCCUCGUUCUCGGCGAGGACCAGCUCCGCCGUCCGCUGGGCGAGGGCUUCCUCGCGGUCGACGCAGACAAUCGUGGCCCCGUCCUCGGCCAGCAGGAGGGCGAUGGCGACCUUGCCUCUGAGGCUGCGUGA